CCUGGUGUGAGCGGCACUGAGAAAAGACCAUGCACGUAUUCCGGUCACGAUCGUGAAGAUGGCGAAGGGAAAGCGGAAUUCACUGAAAAAGAAGAAGCAACAAAAGGGAACCGAUGAGGUUCAAAAUGGCAAGGAAGAUGACGGUAAUAAGUUGCACUUACGUUUAAUUUAGACCCAAAAUAAGAUGGCGGCAUGUUGUUUAACAGUCAUCCGCGGCACGUUGUGUAACAAUUAUCCUUUAAAGCAAUAAGAUACGAAGUUACUAUUGGCUAGGGUAAAAGUCCAAAGUUUACGUUAUCGGCCGAUGUAGAUUUUAAUCGAAACACAAACCCUAUGGAUUACGUUAAUCUUUAAGAGAAAAAAUUAGUUAAAAAUAUCGUAAUGUCGAAUAAGUCGCUAUAAAUUCAGAAGAAAGUUUCUUGGGAUAACAGAGGAAGUGGGUUCGAAGUACUUUAGGGGUGGGGACGGUAAUUUAGAUAACGGCGUAAUGAGGACUAACACAGUCUAUAGACUGUACGAUUUUACGUCACUAUCUGCGUCGGGUGGGGAGGAUGGGACGAGAACGUUAAAAGAUCUAAAUAAUAUUUUUUCAACGCUAACUUACUGAUGUUUUUUUCUUAAUUUUUUUGUUGCCAAACGUAGACGAUAAAACUUGUCCUCAUAUUUCAAAGUCAGUCAAACUGAACUGUUUGCAGAACAAAGUUCCUCACACUACACUAGGACAGUGCUUAGUAAGUGACGUUUAUUUUAUUCUUACAAAAGCUUAAAGUGUAUAACAAAUUAUUUCAAUAUAUAAUCCUGCUUAUUUGAGCCAGUUCUGCUGAGUUUUCUUGAGUGGGUUGUGAGGUGUAAGUAAGCAAGUUCUAAGGUUUAUCCCAAUCCAAAAUAAACCCAGAUUUUAUGAUAAAUUUGAGGCAAAAGAUACAAAGUAUAAUCAGAAUCUUGACAUUCGGCAGCAUAAUCAGAAUCUUGACAUUCAAUCAGGGCAAAUGGUGAAACUGUAGCUCAUGAAUUAGCAUGCAAAGAAAUAUUUUGAUACAAUUUAUGAAUUUCCAUUCAUUACACAUUAAAUAGAUUUUUCUUCAUAAUAUCAAUAAUUGGGAAAUUAUAAAAAAAACACUGUUGUUAUUCUUGAGAAUUUAAGCUUUAUCACACAUGAUACAAUUAUAACUGGUAUUAUAUACUAAUUGUAGAAUAUAUAUGGCUCCAUCCAAGUUCAGAUCUUUUCUUUAUUAUUUACAGAAUUGUGGUCAAUUGGAUGGUUCAGAAAGAUUUGGUGUCUGUAUUUGUCUUUUCUGUGCCCAUCAGGUAUAUCUAGAAAGAUAAUUUAUUUUAAAAGUACUUUAUUGAAGCAGCAGUUUGUUAUCUCAAAUUAAUAGUUUGAAUCAGAAACCUUUUGUGUGAGAGCAUAAGUUGAAAUUGUGUGGGUGAGUCUCAUACUCAGUGGGUUAGACUUGAGAACAGUGAUAGCCUAUAGCAAGUGGCCAGAGAGGCAUCAUAUAUCAACAUCACUUUUUCAUAUUAACAAAAAUCCCUCAAAUGUGCCAUUACUAUUAUGCAGAGUUUGUGAUAAACCAUUUCUCAGCUCUGUUUUUCAAUCCACAGGGAUGUGAUAGGAAUAGUGAAGACAAACAUGCUCUAUCACAUAAUAAAGAAAAUCCUUCACACACCAUUGUAGUCAGUCUUCAAACUUGGGUUGUAUGGUAAGGAUGAUGUAACAAAGUGUAAUGUUCAUUUAAUAUAAAAGGAAAGAAAUAUUUUAAAAAAUUAAUAAAUCGGUCAAAAUAUGUUACACCCAUGGGCACAGUCACUUUCCUUUGACUCUCAAUUCCCUUUUUUCUUGGAUGAAUAGAUGAGUUGGGAGAGAUUAAGCACACUAUAGACUAGUACAUUCAAUUGCAUGUUAGACACUUUUUUCAUCUCUAGUAAAUGCAUGUAUCCAUGUGUUCCUUCAUGAUUAGAACAUAAAUCAGCUUGUUUUCUAAAAAGCAUGUCUGGUCACAUGCAACAUGGCCAUGGCACCCUCAAGUAACUUCAGCUUACCACAACUAAUCCAAAGAUUUUGGACUUAAACCUUUGGCAACACUUUGUCACGUAAAAGUAUUAAGGAAACAUAACAAUGUAAAAUGUAAUUGGUUUUAUUUAUCUGCUGCUUAUAGCUGCAACUUCUCUUUGUUUUUUUAGUGUGUGUGGUCAAGUUGUUGUAAGUGAGCACAGUGAAAUAUUCUUGUUUUCUUGUAGGUGUUAUGCUUGCGAUGACGACGUCCCAGUUGAACCUGACUCUUCUGUUCAAAAGUGCAUCAAAUUGUUAUUAAAGGCUAUGAACUUAACCCCUCCUGCAGGUAAUUCUAACAGUUAUGAUAUUAAAUUAGUCAAAUCAAAUUAAUUAGGUUUGUCCUCAUUAUAGCCAUCAUCCUUCAGAACAAUACAAUUUUUCAAAUUACAUGGAUGACCUAUAUCUGUCGAGAAAGGGCAAAUUUAAUAUCUUUAAAAAAUACAAUGAAUAAAAGAAGCAAUGUGUGAAGAUAUUUGCUAUAAUUAGGUGAAUUGGAUAACCUGGCUAAAGUUUAUUAAAUUUUAAAUUUAAACUUGUUUUGGGAUAUGAACUUAUUGUAACUUGAGUUUUGUCUGAUUUUCAGAAUUGGAAGCCUCCUUGUCUAGUCAAGAUAAGGUUUCUACUGAAAAACCUAAGAAAGAUGGAUCCAAGGCCAAUAACCAGCUUAAGAGUCAAAUUAAGGUACACUGCAUUAGGCAGCCAAGUUCCUUAUAUCAGGAGGGGGAGGGAAGAGGAUGGGAGAGUUGUGAACAAGAGCCAAGGGGUUUAUAUUGAAUGAAGGAUAUCUAUGAACAUUCAUUUGUAUUCCAUUUACCUACACAAAUUGUGUUCAAUGCUCCAUGAGCAUGCUUGUUGAUUGCACCAGUUAAAUCAGGAGCUUACUUAUUUAUUUUUUUACAGGGUUUGGCAAAUCUUGGGAACACAUGUUUCUUUAAUUCUGUUAUGCAGGUAUUAUUCUCUAUUGUAUUUUUUUAGAUGGCGUUCACAAAGCAAAUUUAAUUUGCAGCACUCUAACACGAAAUCUUUGCAUUUCAUGCAGUUGUUAAUUUUUUUUUCUUUUUUGCAGAAUUUAUGCCAGACAGAGCUGCUUUAUGUAGCAGCUUCAUGUGCUACACAAGAAGGGUUCUCCUAUCAUGUUACCCCAAACAAGAAAGAUUUGGUAAGCAACUUCCAUUUGCUUGGAAUUGAUUGAAUUGAGGAAUGGCAACCUUUUUUUUUCACUAUACUCAGCUGCUUUGGGCACUAACCUUGGCUUUCAUUCACUGAGGUUUGUUGCUUGUAUGUAAGCUCAUUGGCCUCUAAAUCUAGUUUCAAAGGCAUUCCUUGUCAUUUAAAAAUGAGUCCAGGUACAUGUCAGUUGUUGAGGGAAAUGGUGAUACAGGAACCACCAGAUGGCAGGAAUUGUUGAAUUCUGUCCAACCACACCCCUAGAAAAGCAGUUCACAAGUAAUUUGUGUUGAAGGCCUAGCUCAAUAGCCUUCAUGUUUAAAGGGACAAGGCGUCAAGGCGUCUUAGUAGUUACUUAAGACUAACAUUUUUUUAAUCCUUCACAGUCAAAACUAAAAUUGAAAGUUGAAGAAGCACCAGGAGAAGUGACCAAAGCUCUAUGGAAAUUACUUCAAGAUUUCAGAACCUCAACUGAUCGAACCUUAACACCACGUCAGCUGUUUGCUGAGAUUUGCAAGAAGUAAACAUCAGUCAUUUUUUCGUUAAUCAGUCAGUUAGGCAGGCAGGUAGGCAGUCUGUCAAUUGGUCAGUCAGUUAGUCUGUCUCUCUCUGUCUGUUAGUCAGCCAGUCUGUCUGUCUGUCUGUUUUUUGGUCUAAGUCAGGUUUUCAGAUGGCCAGUCAGUCAAACAGGCAGGCAGUCAUUCAGUCAGGGAGGCAGCAAGUCACUCAGUCAGCAUGUCAGGUUGUCUGUGUGUUGGUCAGUCAGCCAGUAGGGGCGAAUCUGGACAUUUUCCUGAGGGGGUGCACCACCAUGGAAUGACGUAACUGACGGGUGACGUAAAGAGAUUUUAAAAGCAAACAACGAAGAAGAAGGCUUAUGGCAAGUCAGUAAGAUAAUGAGAACUGCUGACAAUACAUAGCAAACAAAACUGCAGACCUUGUAUUACUGUGAAGGUCUAUUAGAAAGCCGAAGGUCAUCUCGGGGGGGUGCACCCCAUGUACCCACUCCUAGAUCCGCUCCUGGUCGGUCUUGAUUAAUCAAUCUGUCAGCUACUCAGUCAGGUGGUUGCUUUUCUGUCAUGCCAUCUAUUGACCGAAAAGUCAGUGCAUAUUCAUUUUAUAUCAUUGUGCUACUAGGAUCGUAUUUACUGAAAGCUAUUUCUAAUUUUUCCAACAGAGCCACGCGGUUUAAGGGAUAUCGACAGCAAGACAGUCAAGAGCUACUACGUUACCUUUUGGAUUCAGUAAGAAAUGAAGAACUCAGGGUAAAUCUACAAGUAUUCUUUUUAAUCGGUUGAAGCAAUUUCAUCAGUGAUAACGUUACCGAAAUUAGAGAAUUGUGUGCUUUUUCUGUCGAAGAAAGGAAAGUAAACAAAUCAUCAUCUUGAUAUAUUUGUGUUUUGUUUAUCAAUGUUUUUAGCGAGUCAAACUUGCUGUGUUGCACUCGUUCGGUGUUAAAGGUGAUGGUGAUGCGAAGACCUUGGACGACAGCAAACGUGUACAAGUUAAAGGUGAAUAUAUCUCUACUUUAUUUAUGUACUAUUAUUGUUCUACUACGAUGUCAUUUUAGCAAAAAAAGUCUUGAGAACCUGCAAAACAUGCCACGGUAUUUCUGUAGAACAGGGCAAAAAUACUGAGUAACAAAAUGGCUGCAAUGAACGAUCCUUCAUUUUUUCGGGCUUGACUUCUAAAAAAGCAAACUUUUAAGAGCGACAGAUUUUUUCUUUGGUCACAAAGAACUCUUAAAUGGCGCAUUUCACAUGUCACACGCGGCUACUAAAUGUCUGUUUCUCUUUUGGCACAUUAUUUGAAACAAUUGAUACCAAUUGCCUUUGGUAUUAAUUACCUCAAACUAUACAUAAACUUGUAUUAAUGGGCGAGUUUCAAAAUCUAUCCACUGUCACAAUAACUCUAGGGUGCAACUGUUUACCACAAUUCACACCCGAUUCUGUUGUUUUAUUACAUAGAGUACGGAGCGAGCGCUGCAGCACCGCUCAUAGAUAGUGUGUUUGCUGGUAGGCUCGUUAGCAUCGUCACGUGUCACCAAUGUCAUCAGGUUAGUAACCAGGUUUCUUCCAAUUUAAGAUUGCCAAGCGUAUUCCAACAGAUUCUGCCUUUAAAAUGAGAUCAGAAAGUUCAAUCGGGUAGUUUUUGUCGUUUUGCUGUGCAUCGAGAAGUUCAGGUUACUCUCUGGGAUCAGAUUUGGGGAAGGAAGGAAAAAGUGUUGGCAGUCAUGUCUUAAAGGUUUGAAUAUUUACGUCCGAAAUAUUGACGCGAAGUAUCUGCACCUGGUGAGAAGGCUAGUUCGCAGGCCCUUGGAAGAGUCCUCAAUCUGAGUUAAACCCCGAAAAGCUAUAGCCUAGUCCAUCAACCCUGGCUCAAUCAAUUUUUGCAUUGGAGUAUAUCACACCUGAUCUGAAUUUAUCUGCAAUUUUGACCCGCCUACCGACAACCCAUAUACGUUUCCCACUAAAUCGUGAAAUCUGUCGCAUUGAAUUUUUAGGAAUUCAAAGUGGAGGAGACAUUCCUGGAUUUGUCUUUACCGUUGGCGUCACCGCCGCAGGUGAGGGCGCCGCCAUUCAGCAGAUCUUAACAACUUGCCAGUGACUGAUUCUGAUGUAGUAAUUGACUAAUUUCUUUUGAAGCAUGCAACACGAGUCUUGAGUCCGUCAAUAACAAUUACAAAAAAUCUUACAAACAUUUUUGAAAAAUUAACAACUCUUAUCAGUAUCAGGACCUUGUCUAGAAUGGGGGUGAUGAGAAUAGGCAAAUUUAGUAGCUAAAAGGUUAAUAUCUCGCCAAAUUCUCCUAAGUAACAAGGAAAUCUCCAGCAGCCGAAAGGAAGAAUUACUGACUAGAUCGUGUAAGUCACAGAGUUGAUAUAUGAGGUCGAUUUGGUAUGUAAUGGUCUUGUUAACUCAAAUCACUUUAACGGCACUUUUCUUCUGUUUAUCUCGUCAUUCGUUUUAGUUUGUUUUUAUGAUUUUAAGGGGUUUUCCGUUCUACCCUUGUAGGAAUCCUUCAGCAACAAGUUCUUUGGAAAAGGUGGUAAACAAAAUCCAAAAUCAUCAAAUACUCCUAAGAAUGUCUCGAAAAAUGAGAAGGAAGAUGAAAAACAGAAGGAAACUAAGAGUCUCAGUAAACAUCAGCUAAAAUCAGCCAAAAAAGCCGAAAGGGUAAGUAACAAAUGUACUCCAUGACCAACAGGUUACCUGGGAGGCUUGCAGUGGUCUUCCUUUACUUUGCGUUAUCGAACGCUUUUCGAGUGAGUGUCGUAAAACCAAAAUCAAAGUAAUCACAACGGCCAAUCAGAAAAAAGGAAGUACACUGAAGAGCCAAUGAGAACUUAAUGUAAAAACAAGCAAACCAUCCAAAGCGCGGGAAAACGCGGGUGACCAAGUCGUGACUGGUGACAAUGACGAACUUGAAGAGUGUUGAUCAACUUUUUCACGCACCGAAAACGUGAAGUAUUUCCUUUAACUAAUCAACUUCGUGCAUAACUGUAAUGUGACAUAUUUUGUCUUGUCUUGUUUGUGUAGAAAAAGAAAAAGGGAGGAAAAGGCCACGGAAAGAAAGGAAAAGUGUCGCAGCAGGUCGACAAUAAACAAGAUGAUGAUGAUGAAUUAGACAGGAGGGCGUCAGAGGAGGAAGGCCAUGAACUUGACCAGAUGAACGUGUCUGACCUGGAAGGAAGUGAUAAUGAUCAUGAGGUUAAAGUGAAUGAAACAGAGGUACUUGGGAAUUCUAACAGUGGUUGUGAAAUGAUUCCGGACAAUGAUAUCCAAUUGAGAGAUAAUGAUAGCAGUUCGAAGUCCGCUGAAGUCAGUGAAAAGGACGUGGACACUUGUAUUUUAGAUUCUAACGACGACGAAUAUUUGGCAGAAAACACAGUUGAUUGUGCUGAUUCAGAGCAAGCUGAGGGCGUGAAAGACUCGGAGGAACAACGCGCGAUGCAAACUGAACAAAGUACAGAACAUUUGAAUGGCGGAACGAGUGGAAAUGGUUCCACUAAUGACAAUGAAGAAAACAAAAGUUCGUCAAUGGAAAUUUUGAACUGUAAUCAGGUAACUGCGUCGAAACAGCCAGGUUGCGAUUCUUUGCGAUGCAGCCAAGAAAAAGGGACUGAGAAAGCUGACCAUUAUCAACAGGGAUAUGAAGAAAUCCCAUCGAGUAUAAAAGAAUUUUUAGAAGAAAUUAUAAAUUUGGCUGUGAACUUGAAUAUAGGUAAACCAAGCGAACUUCAAGACGAUAUUGUCAAUAGUAGUCCAUCGGGGAGUUUUUCGCCUUCUUGUGUAUCUAGUGGUGAGAAACAGGGUAAAGAAACGGCUCAUGAUUUACAAGAGAAACUAGAUGGAGACGAAGUAGAUAGAAAAUCAACUAAAAUUGUUCUUAGUCUUGGCGUAGAACAUGAUUGCGCCCAAACAGAGCAAGAAACAAACAUUACAGAGAACCAAAGACUUUGUUCGAAUUCUGGAAAGGGCGAUGAAAACGAAGGGGCAACGGAGAUAUCUGCAAAAAGCGAAGAAGAAAGUGAAACUGAGUCUGAAGAAGAAUUUGAAAAUGAUAACGGGAUAGAUAGGAUUCUUACUGUUCAACCCGCGUAUCGACCCUCCCCGGGCGAAUGCUCUGUUUUGUCGUGUUUAAGCCAGUUUUGCGUCUCAGAAUUAUUAGAUGGCAAUAAUAAAUUUGCCUGUGAGGUAUGUACCAAGCGAGCGCGGCGGAACAAUAAGGAGGAGGGAUCUAGAAAAACGAAAGACAAUGACAAAGAUGAUGUUAGUGGGGACUCUUCGUCAGAAGGUAAGUUGACGUUCUUUUGAUUGAAAAACAUCUUAUCGGUACUGUGUGAUUGAGUGGCUAGCGUGCUGAACUCCGGGUCGCGACCGCCUUCUUGUGUUGUGUUAUUGGGUAAGACACUUUUCUUCCACUUUGCUCUUCUCCGCUCAGGAGUAUGAAUGAAUACUGGAAGCUUUAAUUCGAAAUUAACUCGGGCUCUUAACUCGAAAUUAAUCGUUAAGACUUCUUUGCAAGUGCUGAUUAGUCGUUUCUCAUUAUUUCUCCAUCACCUGUGGUAAUCAAGGAUUCUGUCUCGCAACUGGUUUAAUCGUUUUUUUCAUCUUUCUUAUUCUUUACAGACGAACCAAAAGGUGCUAAAGCACAGAAGUCUUCGAAGAACAAGAACAAGGACUCCCAACAGCAGACCGUGUAUACCGUGGCUAGUAAACAGAUGCUGAUUUCUCUUGCUCCACCAGUCCUCACUCUUCACCUCAAGCGUUUCCAGCAAGCUCGCUUUACUUUGCAAAAACUAACCAAACACGUGGACUUUCCACUGGAACUGAACCUUGCGCCGUUUUGCAGCAGAAGUGGAAGGGUAAGCAAGGUUAGGUAUUUAUAAAGGCGAUAUUUCGCGAGGCGGUUGAAGCUUAGCCAACACAAGACGCUUCUCCGGCCGCACAACACCCGAUCACGUAUCGAUUCAUUGUCGUUGCUCGGUAACUCCUUGUGGAUGGAGGCAUCGUUUGUUCGGAAUUCAGGGGACCCCUUUAGUUUCUGUUUGUUUAGUUAUAGGAUCACGUGUAAAAUCGUUCGCGCACGUUAUUUAGUCGUCGUUACGUUGAAAUAACUUAGGAGUGAAGCAGAACUUAUCUAAACAUAAACCUCUUUGGCUUCAGCUAAUCGUUUUCAGCGGAAACGAAAUAAAUUGAAUACACUGAGAGAAAAAGUAUCUAGACUUGUAUCGGAAACUCUUAAUCCGGAGUCCAGUGCGUCCUUCGUUUACUACCGUGUUCUUAACUAUUGCGACAGGAAAAUUUACGUUUCUGUUUUUGUUUGUUGGUUUUAGAGUCGAGCAGACUCAGAAGGCAAAGUGCUGUACUCGCUGUAUGGAGUAAUUCAGCACAGUGGUAAUAUGAACAGCGGACAUUACACAGCCUACGUGAAAGUCAGCGAACCACCAUUGAAAAGUCUGUACGACAAAAUUACUUCAAUGAGUGAGUUAACGGAUUUUAUAGAGAAAAUGUGGACUCAAAAGUCCGAAGCUCAACAUGGUAGUUCCCGUACUCAUCAUGAGCCUGCACCGAGUGGUCAGUGGUUUCAUGUCAGUGAUUCAAGCGUAAGUGCCGCAGCGGAGAGUAAGGUGCUCAAGAGUCAAGCGUACAUGUUGUUCUAUGGCCGCCUUCCUCUUGUCAGUGGAUGACCAAUUCAAUUUUUCUAGAAUUAGCAGGGGUUUAAAUCAAGUGUUAAAAUGAUUCCUUUUUUUGUAUGUUUUCAAUCAAGCCCCUUCUUGACCUGUGGAUACAAUCUUGACUUGCGAUUACCUCGCGAAAUUUCCAUCGCCUUGAUCGGUUGUCGUAAGCAUUUGGUUUUAAAAAUCUCAGUAGAAAAGGUUUAUCCAGAAAAUCUCACGCCUCGACUGUGAACUGAGCUUACUUUCGGGUAAAUGCAUUGCGCGGCAACGUUCAAGGAAUUCUCAGAUCUGAUCUUUUUGGUUAAACAUGUAUUGUUCACUCGUUGGCAUUAGCCUCGAGUUGUUUUUUCAGUUUUGUUCAAGUUUACGACACUUGAUCAAGAUCUCACAAAGCUUCCUAAAUGCUUAACACCUUUUCUAACACUGAUCUCAGGGGUUUUGAUCAAAAGCCGGUUUCCAGCGGUCUUCCGUCGCCUCUGGGACCACUUAACCGCCUUCUGUUCAGCGUGCGAGCAGGCUCCCUUGAUUGGGUUCCGUCUCACGGCCCCUUCUCUAGAUACAGCCGCCAAUUACGCCAUUGGCAGCUGCUUACGGAGAAAAGUUAUUGAAACCCCUGCGAUCUGUGAAAAUUUAUUGAUAUAUAUAGUGACUGAAUGAAUGACCUUAUAUUCCAAAUUUGGUAGAAAAAUUAAUGGCUCUUGGAACCUAAAUAUGAAAAAGAUAUAAGAUUUAGUAAUUCACAUUAUUCCUAAGAAUUGAAAUUGAUCGAUACUCUGUAGCUAGCAUCAGUUAUAAAGAAGUAAGUAAGUCAAAAAAUUUAUUUCUUAUUAAAAAAGCCGACUUCCCCUCCAGCUUUUCCUGUAAUCCAAGCUCGUGGUUUGGAUAGGGGUUGAAGGCAAUUUGUAGGGAAAAAAAAGAUCGAGACAAACGCCAAAAAAUGCAGUGCAAACUAUACCAGACAUUUGUUUGCGGAUGAGAAAAUGG